AUGUCCUCCAAGGGAGCUCUGGAGCCGGUGAACAUCCCGUGGAGAAACAAUAACUUCAGCCUGCUGAGUAAAGAUGCUCCUCUGUCAGAUCAGGGAGAAACGAUCAUCGGAGUUUAUCUCAUACUGCUCGGUUGGAUGUCGUGGUUUGGAAACAGUAUUGUGAUCUUUGUUCUGUUUAAGCAAAGAGCGACCCUGCAGCCCACAGAUUUCCUCACCCUUAACCUGGCCAUAUCGGACGCCAGCAUAUCAGUGUUUGGAUAUUCUCGUGGCAUUCUCGAAAUCUUCAAUGUAUUUCAGGAUAACGGAUAUCUCAUCACCUCUAUUUGGACCUGUCAGGUUGAUGGAUUCUUCACACUCCUGUUUGGCCUGGGCAGCAUCGCCACUCUGACUGCCAUUAGCAUCACCCGAUAUAUUAAGGGAUGCCACCCAACCAAAGCGCACUUCAUAACGAACACCACUGUAGCCGUGAGUAUCGUGUUCAUAUGGAUUGGAGCUCUGUUCUGGUCUUCGGCUCCUCUGCUGGGCUGGGGAAGUUACACAGAUCGAGGAUAUGGUACCUGCGAGAUUGACUGGGCCAAAGCAAAUCACUCUUCUGGUCACAAAUCUUACAUCAUCACCAUUCUGAUCCUGUGUUUCCUCAUACCUGUGCUCAUCAUGCUUUUCUCCUACAUCUCCAUCAUCAACACUGUUAAAAGAGGGAACGCCAUGUCGGCAGAGGGAGACCUGACUGACAGACAGAGAAAGAUUGAGAGGGAUGUCACCAUAGUCUCUAUAGUAGUCUGCACGGCAUUUAUUCUGGCGUGGUCUCCGUACGCUGUCGUGUCCAUGUGGUCGGCGUGUGGCUUCCACGUCCCCAGCCUAACCAGCAUUUUUACACGCCUGUUUGCCAAGUCCGCGAGCUUUUACAAUCCUCUAAUCUACUUCGGCCUUAGCUCCAAAUUCCGCAGGGAUGUUAGUGUGCUGCUGCCCUGCCCCCGUCACGGUAAGGACACAGUCAAACUCAAACGCUACAGACACAUUAAAGCUAAGGGAGACAACCACCAGAGGCACAGACCCGAGGGAGAUGUCGAGUGCAGUCCGGCUGCACAAAAGGCGGAAACUUUUUUAAAGAAGCCCCAGCCAGAAGUUCUAUGUGCCAACCCUGUGCCCAGCCCAGACUCCGGAGUGCACAGCCAUCCUCGGACGCCUCCUCCUCCCAACCGGGAGCUGUUUUUUAUCCAGAUGCCCGAAAGACCUGAAUCACCCGAGUAUGAGUGUGACAGACUGUGA